AUUUUAAAUAUAAAUUUUUUAUUUUAUUUUCUAAAAACUAAACUUACACAAAAAAAUAUAAAAAUAUAAAAAUAUAAAAUAAAAAAAAUGAUAAAAAAAAAGUUUCAAUUAAGCGAACCUUUUAAUUAUAAAAAUGAUUUAGAGUAUUCAUUAGAGGAUCAAGAACAUUUUUUUGAUGAAGUAGCAACAAAGUAUGUGCAUUGGGAUAAAAAAUAUACAAAAGCAUAUAGUGGUGAUAAAUGUAAUCCAGAAUGGUUUAAAGGUGGUUUAUUAAAUGCAUGUUAUAAUGCAUUGGAUGUUCAUGUAAAGAAUCCAGAGUUUAAAGAUAGAGUUGCUUUAAUUCAUGAAACUCCUGCAAGAGAUAAUACAAACAAGUUAACAUACGAGCAAUUGUGGGAUGAAGUUUGUUUAUUAGCAAGAGGUCUACAAAACUUGGGUGUUGAAAAAGGAGAUCGUGUAAUAAUUUAUAUGCCAAUGGUUAAUCAAACUGUUAUUGCAAUGUUGGCAUGUGCUCGUAUUGCUGCGAUCCACAGUGUAGUAUUUGGUGGUUUUGCAUCACCACAGCUAGCACAACGUAUAGAACACUGUAAACCUAAAGUAGUAAUAUCUUGUAAUUUUGGUAUUGAAGGUCAUAAAGUCAACAGCUACACACCUCUAGUAGAGAAUGCAUUGGAACUAUCAUCACAUAAACCAAACCAUGUUAUUGUAUAUAAUAGAAAAGAUAUUAAAACUGAACCAGCUUGUCCAAUCAUGUGUGGAGCAAUUGAUUGGUACGAAUUUACAAAAGAUCUUCAGCCACUUAGAGAAUAUACACCUGUAGAUAGCACAUUCCCAUUGUAUAUUAUAUACACAAGUGGUACUACUGGAAUGCCCAAAGGAAUACUAAGAGACACAGGAGGCCAUACUGUAGGCUUAAAUUAUGCAAUGAGAAAUUGUUAUGGAAUGAAACCGGGCGAAACUUUUUUUUCGGCAAGUGAUAUUGGUUGGACUGCAGGUCAUACAUUAUCAGUAUAUGCACCAUUAUUUGUUGGAUUAACAUCAAUUAUAUUUGAAGGUAAACCUUAUAUUCCAGAUGCAGGUAUUUAUUGGAAAUUAAUAGAGAAGCAUAAGGUAAAUUCUCUUUUUUCAGCACCAACUGCAAUGAGGGCUAUCCACAGAGAUGACAGUGAAGGAAAUUUAAUAUCAAAAUACGAUUUAUCUUCUUUAAAAAAUAUUUGGCUUGCAGGCGAACGUUUAGAUACAGCAACAUACAAUUUUCUUAGCAUAAAAACAAAAAAACCAAUCAUUGACAACUAUUGGCAAACAGAAUCAGGGUGGCCCAUACUUACAUAUCCAUCAGAACAAGUACCAAUUAAAGUAAAUUCAACUGGCAAAGCAGUUCCAGGGUAUAGCUUAGCAGUUUUAAAUUCAAAACAAGAACCUACAAGUUCAGAUGAAAUUGGAGAACUAUGUAUUCGUUUACCAGUUCCACCAGGUUUUAUAAACACCUUAUAUCUCAACAAUGAAGGUUAUAAAAAAAGCUAUUUAGAUGAGUAUCCCGGUUAUUUACGUACAGGAGACUCAUGUUAUGUCGAUAGAAAUGGUUACUAUCAUAUAAUUAGUCGUAUUGAUGAUAUUAUCAAUGUAAGUGGCCAUCGUUUAUCAACGGGUUCAAUUGAUGAAAUUAUAAUUACACAUCCUAAAAUAGUGGAGUGUGCAGUUAUUGGAGCACGUGACGAAUUAAAAGGAGAAAUACCAAUAGGAUUGGUAGUAUUAAAACCUCAAUUUAAAAAUGAUUUUGAGGAGAUUGAACAAGAAUUAAUUAAAAUGGUAAGAGAUACAUUAGGACCAUUUGCAACUUUUAAAAAGGUUAUUCCAUUAAAUCGUUUACCCAAAACUAGAAGUGGAAAAAUAUUAAGAAAUGUUUUAAGAAAAAUUUUCAACAAUGAAGAAUAUGUGGUACCACCUACUAUUGAAGAUCUGGAGGUUAUUGGAGAAGUCGAAAUUGAAUUCGAUAAAUACAAACUCGGUAAAUUUGAAACAAAAGAUAUAUCCCCAGUCAAAUAA